CAAACGCGGCCCUGGAAGCUGAUUCGGGCAUGAGCGAUGAAUAAGGACCGAGGCAUAAUAUGAAAGGAUCUCCAUUUACCUCUUUGCCAUGGACCGACCCGGGAGCAGUGUUCCCGCCUGGCGGAGACUGGGUCUGAAGCUCAGGACCACUGACCAAUCCGGAGACGCCGUACCUGAGUCCAAUGUGCCCAAGAGCGUUGGAAAACAGCCCGAGGACUCUGGAGGGAGCUCCAGUGGGCGGAAUGGAGUCCUUUCAGAAACCCAUUCAGGCCAUGGACCUACCCAGAACGGAAAACCGUCGAGACUUGGCAAACGAAAAACUCAAGACAGACCAGCUGAAGGUCAUGGCCAUGCCUUUAAGAAGAGCAAGAAGAGCGAGGGGCACGAGCAGCAUAACGGAGGCCCCGCACGUACAGUCGUGACCACUUCCAGAAAAAAGCAUGAGGAUCCAAAUCCUCGACCCAACCCGGCAUUGGCGACCGAGAUACAGCAUCCACAGGGUGACCCUAAUUACAGGAAGAAGAAGGGUCAGCGAAUAAGCCAUAAGCAGCCCCGCCAAAAGAGUCCUUCACCACGCGAGAUAAGUCCGGGUGACGAUGUGGCAGUUCUGCGAGUAUCUACUGAGAACGGCUUCUCCGCUUCACUUCCGCCAGAGGGAAUACAGGCACUUCUCACGACCCCUAGGGCUCUAAUUAAGAGCCACAAGCUACUUGGAACCUCCCCACCAAGUUCAGAUCGACGUAAAUCUGUCACUUUCACGCCUGACACGAAGACUGCCGACGGUAAUAGUGCUACGACACUGUUCAAGAAGUGGGUGUCAGAGCAAGGGAAUGCCAGUGCUGAGUUCUCACCAGCUGAAGUUGCUCUAUUCAUUCCACCACCCAAAGCGGCAGAGAAGGAGACCAAAAAUAAAAGACGGAAGAAGACUAGCUCCCCAAAGUUGAUCGAUUCCCAGGGAAAGGUGUCACACGCCCGUCAGCCAGCCAUAACACCGCCAAUUCCUUCUGAAUCGGCUUCCAAAGGCGGUAAAGCCGGUGUUGAAUCAAAAAGCGGUUCUCUAACGUCAAGAAGCAAAAAGAAAGACCCCUCUGUUUACCUCGAUUAUCUCUUACAAUAUCACAACCACCGAGAAAACUGGAAAUUUAACAAGACAAGGCAGAACGACGUGUUGGACAACGCUCUAAAUAUUUUCCGUAUAAGGGAGGAGCACUCUGCGGCUCUGCUUCAGUAUAUUGAAGGCCUGCAAGGUGCUGGGGUCAUAUCCAGGCUUACAGAACAGUGCAAAAUGAGGCUCAAAGAACUGGACGAGGAGGACCGGAAAGCUAUGGGCACCAUGGACAAUGCGGAGGAUCGCAAAGCAGCAAAAUAUGAAGCUCUUCAAGCACGGCUUGCACAAGAGAAGAAACGAAGACGAACACAAGAGGAUAUCCAAGGUUUGGCUGAAUCAGAAAAUCCCGAUGGCUAUAUUCGUCGCCUGAAGCGCCACCGCGCUGAAGCUCUCCUCGUUACACUUUCACGUACUGCGCCACUCCAUCCCAUCCCUGCCACUAAAGCUAGCACUCUCAGUCAAUACCUAGCCCCCACCGACGCUGACUCAAUUAUCACCCGACGCCCUAGUCGAAAACGCAAAUCCAGGACGGAAAUUUCUAGCGAUGAUGAUAGUAGUACUAUCAGCAGCAGUAGCGACGAACAAAGCUCUUCGGACAACGACGAGAGUGAGGAUGACGACUCAAAUUCCUCCGAGCCGAGCGACGACGCGAGAGAUUCGAGCGAUGCAGAGGAAGACUCUGAUGAAGAGAGCAGCUCUACCAGCACUGCAAGUGUCAAGAGUACUAGCAACGGAAAUAGUGAGGAUGAUGAGAGUGAUAGUAGGAGUAGCAGCAGUAGUAGCGAUAGUGAAUGA